AUGCCGCUCAUAACUCCUUCCUCCCUCUCCACCAUCCUCCUCGCUGCAUACGUCUACCUCAGCAUCAGCGACGUCGGCCUGAUCUGCGGUCUUCGUUAUGCAUGGCUCCUCCUCCUCCUCCCCUUCGGCAUCUGCGCCGGCUUUGUUCACUUCGACGAACCCGCCAAGAUCCUCCUCAACGUGACACUGCUUGCUGUCCAUACACUAUGCAAGGCAACCGCGGCGGUAUACCUCCUCAUCGUACAUGUGCUAUACCACCUCUCCCGUGGAUCGGACGCCGCCCUGCAGUUCUUCAUCGACGUUGCCUGCUGGGACCCCACAGGACGCCUUCGCCCCCUCCUCUUCCGCACCAAGCUCAUCGUCCGGUCAGGCGUCAGUGUCGGUACUGCCUUCCACCGCACCAUCGUCUCCACCGUUGAGCUCCUCGUCCUCGUCCUUCUAUGCCUCCCCCACAUCUCCGCAAGACUCUACGAGGGUUUCAAGAUCGCAUCUAUCCAGUUCGUGAACGCCAUCCUCACUGCGCUCCAAUGCUUCCACCUCGUCGCCGGACUCCUUGUGGUUUCUGUGGGCACCUUGUUCACCGACCUCGUGGCUCCCUUCAUGGCUAUCCUUCGGUUCAUCAUCGCCCUCUCCCUCUAUAUCUCUGUCAACAUCAGCAUCCUUGUCGCCAUAUUCCAGCCUAUUCUUCGACCUGUCCUUGUUCCCGUCUUCCGUCCUCUCAGCUUCUGCAUGCGCAUCAUGAUGUCUCUUGUAUCUGGUAUCUCCACUGUGAUGUUCAGACACCUCGUCAACCUAUCCUGCUGCAUCAUGGUACGCAUAAUCCGCGAGGACCGCCCUGAGGGAUCGUCGAAAUCCCUAGAGUCCGCGUCGGAGUGUUCUUCCACCGUGCGCCCCACACAAGACUCUACUUCGCCCAACAUCACUACCGACACUCUAGACACUGUAGCCUCUCGACGUGCUUCGGACGCUGCCGCUGUCUUCCUUACAGUCUACUCCAACGUCUCCGCAUGCAUCAUCCUCUACGCAGUUCUUUCUACUCGCAUUCAACCUACCAGUCAGCCUCAUCACAAGCCUUGCAUGUUCCCUCCUGGCAACUCGUCCAUUCUCCCAUCCGCCUCCUCCGAGGAUAACCUCCAUCAAUAUCGCCUCGCCGCCGUCGUACCCUCAACUCUGAAUCUUGUUGACGCUUCUUCGUCGGCACUACCCUCCCGUCUUACCCAGCCCGUUCAAGAGCACGCCCAGAAGGCGACGUCUUCGUCCGUUCAUGCUACCACAGUUCACCAUAUGGUGACCGGUACCCACGAACCCGCGAGCCGUCGCCGUCAAGCGUCGCGCCGGGCACUGCUCGGGACCCACCCGACUCCGGGUCCCUCAGUUCCGCCCUCUUCCACCUCAACCACGUUGGUCGCCAGCGAGUCCGACUCGGACGCCGACCCGCUCGAACUGGGGCCAGUUGAAGAGCCGUCAAGCCCCGACCACGCGGGGCGUGUGGAGAGCGCGGACGAGGACGCGCGACGGAAAGCCGUGGAGGCCGUUCUGGAGCUCGCGCGAGAAUCCCCAGCCUACAAGGCGGUCGUCGUCAAGUGGCUGGCGUCGGAGAGACGGCGGCUCGUCUCGCAGGGGAGGCUCUGCCGCAGGCCCGGAGGGUCGAAACCACGGCGGUACGGUACCUAUCUUCAUAAUUCAUCUACAUUCAGCCCGAGCCCUGAGACCGUGGGUACCUCCGCCAAUCCGCCCUCAGAUCGGGGAGUCGCCUGUAAGUAA